AUGUCUCCAGUUACAGCUGCUGGGGUGACCUUUGCCGGUCUCACCUCGGUUGCUACCUACUAUGGCCAAGGAGCAUACCAGCCACGUCUGAGCACGUUCUGUGCUGAAACGUCUCUGGACAUUAUCAACAUUGGUUUCGUCAACUACUUCCCCGAUGCUGGAGCAGCUGGAUGGCCACAGACAAACUUUGGUAACCAGUGCGACGGUACUGUCUACACCCACAACGGCCAAUCCACCGGUCUGCUCGCAAACUGCCAUCAAAUUGUCGAAGAUAUCCCCCUCUGUCAAAAAGCCGGAAAGAAGAUUCUCCUUUCUCUAGGUGGUGCCGGCCCCGAAAUAGGCCAAUAUAUUGCCAGCCAGCAGUCCGCCGUGGCAUUUGCUGAGUGGCUCUGGGGUGCCUUUGGUCCUAUCGACUCCCCAUAUGCCGGUCUCGAUGUUCCUCGUCCAUUCCGUGGUAUUGUGGUGGAUGGUUUCGAUUUUGAUAUUGAGUGGGGUACUGACUAUGGUUAUGGAUACAUGGCGAACCGUUUCAAGGAGCUUUACGACGAGUACAAUCAGCAAAUGUCUACUUCGAGGAAAUGGCUUCUGAGUGCGGCACCACAGUGUGUCAUCCCUGACGCACACCUUGCCAGCGCUAUCCAUGACGCGCCCUUCGAUUACAUCUGGGUUCAGUUCUACAAUGACGGCCACUGCGCUGCUGCCAACUAUGUCAAUGGUAUUUCUGGAUUCAACUUUGAUGAAUGGGUCAGCGCCAUUCAAGCCAGCGCUAACCCCAAUGCUAAAUUGUACGUUGGUUUGGGUGCUGAACCAGAACAGGUCAGGUCUGGUUUCUACGUUGACCCGGAAGCUGUGGCGCCUUUGGUCCAUGAGUACAUGAACAAAUACCCAUCAACCUUUGGUGGUAUUAUGUUGUGGGAAGCAACUGGUUCUCUCAACAAUACUACCCCUGACGGCAACACUUAUGCAGACAACAUGAAGGAAAUCCUUGUCCACUAUGCUACAACCAUUGCUCCAUCGCCCACUCCUACCCCUACUCCAACACCUACUCCGCCGCCUUCGACAUCAGCCUCGGUGUCCUCGGCCGCCACCUCCUCAAGCUCUUCGUCUAGCUCUUCAUCCAGCUCUUCAUCCAGCUCUUCGUCUAGCUCUUCGUCCAGUUCCUCGUCGAGUUCGUCUGUCGUGACCCCGACACCGACACCGACGCCAACUCCAUCGGGAAGCUCCUCGUCUUCGUCUUCUUCCUCGUCGUCCUCGUCCUCGGCUGCUGUCAGCUCAAGCUCUGACGCCGUCUCCAGCUCUGCCUCUAGCUCAGCUGCUUCUUCCUCUAGUGCGGCGGUCAGCUCUAGCUCCAGCGCGGUCUCUUCAAGCCCUGCUGCCUCCUCUACUGCUGUCCGACCGACAACUAGGAGUUCUUGCACAAGGAAGACCCCGUCUCCCUCAUCACCAGCUGUGAUUAGCACCCCGUCUCCCUCGUCACCGGCUGUGGUUAGCACCCCGUCUCCCUCAUCACCGGCUGUGGUCAGCACCCCGUCUCCCUCAUCACCGGCUGUGGUUAGCACCCCGUCUCCCUCGUCACCGGCUGUGGUUAGCACCCCGUCUCCCUCGUCACCGGCUGUGGUUAGCACCCCGUCUCCCUCAUCACCGGCUGUGGUUAGCACCCCGUCUCCCUCGUCACCGGCUGUGGUUAGCACCCCGUCUCCCUCGUCACCGGCUGUGGUUAGCACCCCGUCUCCCUCAUCACCGGCUGUGGUUAGCACCCCGUCUCCCUCAUCACCGGCUGUGGUCAGCACCCCGUCUCCCUCGUCACCAGCUGUGGUCAGCACCCCGUCCCCAUCAUCACCAGCCGUGGUGCCUUCAUCGACUGCUGUCCCUCCUCCUAGCGGUGGAUCUACUAGCACAGGAUCUGCUACCGAGACGUCGCCUGCAUCUGUCGGACCGACUGGAACCAGCUCCAUCCCCGGCUCUGGAUCCGUUACCUCCGGUGUCUCCGUUCCCGCCACCACCGGUCCUCUCACUGAUACAUCCAGUGCUGUGGCCACAUCCACUGGCACCGAGUCCUGGACCACCACUGUCGUGACAACUUCUUACGUCUAUGUCUGCCCAACCGGUCUUGCUACCAGCACAAUCACCUACACUGAGUCAUACUGCCCAUGCACGGCAACUGCUGGCGCAUCCACUGCCGUACCAACUGGCUGGACCACCACCACCGCCGUCUGCACAGUCUGCGGUCCUCAGCCUACAACCGUCACCCUGACCUUGCCGCCUCAAGUCAGCGCUACUUCCACUGCCCUUCCCGGAUCUAACCCUGGCCCUCUUCCCGGUACCGGUUCCUCCAAGCCCAGUGGCACUAACCCCAACACUGGCUCCCAGACAUCUGGUCCCGCCCCUGGCUCUGGCUCCAAGCCUUCCGAGUCUAGCGGCAAGCCUGGCUCUGGAUCUGCACCCGGCAACGGUGCUCAACCUUCAUCUACCAGCACCGUUGUCCCUGGUGUUGGUGCCGUUGGCAAGUCCGGCCCAUACCCAUCAACUAGCACCGCUACCACGAUCACCGCCCGUCCCAGCGCCUCAUCUUUCCCCAAAUCCAGCUCCACUCAAACUAGCGUCAGCCCAGCAUUCACCGGAGCUGCUGGUCGGGCAAGCCUUAGCCCAGUCGUUGGGGGCAUCGUUCUUGUGGCUUCCUUGUUCGCUCUUCUUUAA